AUGUUUCCUCGUUCCGUGUUGCAUUUUGGGUUGCGCGGUCGCCCGGCGGAGCGCGUCGAAAGGUUAAACCGCCAGUUUUCGAGCUACCUCAUUCCCAAGCUGAAAACCUCUGAGCCUAUUCGUAGGCGCAAGUCAAGGAUUGCCGAAAAGGACUCCCAUGAUAUGGACGCGAGCUCUGAGGAUCCAUUGGCCACUUCGAAAUCCGCUGAACCGAAUUUGCCCACGACGGAGGAGCUUUGGCACAGGUUCGAGGCGUACGAUAACAGCCAAACUGCCGAGUGGCCAGCUUGCUGUUUAAUUGGCACGAGCAGGAAAGAUAUCUUCCCCUAUAUGUCCUCACCGUUGCCCCCACCGUUGUUCUCACCCGUGUUUCAGUUGUCGCCGAAACCCAAAAGAGAAUGCGACACCCUGCUCACCCUGGCCCAGAAAGCCGACAUCGAUGCAGCCAUCGCGUCCAUCGACAACGACAAAUUCCCCCACAGAGACGAAUGGGAAAAGAACAUGGAAAUGCAGCAGCAGCAGGAUGUGAACCACAUUCAAUUCGAUAGCAUAAGCCUCGGCCUGGAAGAGGAGCGAAGCCUGACGGACUUCCUGAAGUCGAAGCGCCUGUACGCGCCACUCAGCGACGUCCACGACUACCAAGUUAUGCUAUCAAUGGUCGGAGAUGAAGACCAAAGAGAAAAGCUGCGUGAUAUGCUGAUGCCCAAGCUAUUGAAACAGAGAAAGGCGAAUCCGCCCAUCGUGGUCAACAAUGAGGAUCUGCAGAAGGCCAUCGAUUCGAUAAUCAUUGUGGAGCCACCGGCGGAGCAGCUACAGCAGGUAAAUAUCAAUGAUCUGAUUAUAUUGGAGAAUCAGCCAAUCAUCGAGACAACGACGACGGAUCAGCCAGUGAUAGUGAGUGUGAACGGGCUGCUGCCGGAGGACGUGGUCGUGCAGGAGUGGCUGCAGAAAGUGGGCCACGAUCUGUCGCUCGUGGUGCAGACCCGCAUCGAGUCAAUGCCCGCCAGUGAACAGCCCAAGGCAGAGGCCAUCGACUACGAGGCAAAGAUCAGCGAGUGCAGCCAGCUGCAGCCCAGCUGCAAGAUCAACCCGAUAGUGCCUAAGAUAAACGUAGGGCCGUGGCAGAACAGCUUUCAGCGCCGUUUGCAGGACUUUGAUGAGCUCGUGGAUCAGAGCAUGAGCGAGUUUCGCGAUCCGCAGAGCAAGCGGCCCGUCAAGAGGAGCCUGGAGAGCCUGAAGCGGGUGCUGCAACUGCCGGCGCUGCCCUCGCACCUCGAUCAGCGACUGCAGCAGCUGCGGAUCCUGCGCCAGCCGAUCAAGCGCAAGGCGGAGCCCAUGGAUAUGCUAGUCGAAAUGAAGAUGGUGCGGCUGUACAGCACACUGCAGGCGAAUCGUCGCAUCGAUGUGACUCAGCUGGCCCAGGAGCUGGACAAUGCGAUCUUCAAUAGCGAUGUCCAGGUGCUGCAGCAGAACUUCGAGGGCGGCCACAUGGCCUGGAUCUGGCAGAACGGCAACAUACUGAUCAUAAAUGCGCGCAGCAAGGCGGUGCUCCUGGACACCCAGAGGGCGCUGCUGGCCAAGAUUCUGGGCAGCGCCCAGAGCUUUCAGCUGGCCCACUGCAAUGCCGUGCACUCGCAGAUGGUGCACAUCGCCCAGCUCACCUGGCAGAUCAGCAUCGAUGACUUCAGCCAAUCGUAUUCACUGGGCGCCGAGCCGACACACGAUGGCAUCAAGUACGUCCACUAUGUGAACAAGAUGGUGCCCGGCGUGGUGGCCAAGGUGUACGAGAAUGGUGCGAUUCAGGUCUACGCGAUGAACACAUCCCUGGCCGAUACCAUGCUGGAGAAGCUCUACCUGCUCACCGCCAACCAUCGUAAGCCCAGGGUAAUAACUGUGCCCAUGAAGCCCAUGAAGCCCAUAGUCGAUGGUAGCGGCACAUUCGUAUCACUUUAUCCCACCUGA